GCUGGUGUCGGUACUUUCUCCGUCAGUGGUGAUCAGACACUAAGAGGUUUACCUGCUCUGUCCUCCUCACCAGGACUUCAGCUGCGACGCUUUGCUCUGCAGAUCUCCAGUGUUUUGAUGUCACAUUCCUGAAGAGGACUGACCCGACAGCAGACGGAGAUCACACUCUUCAUCCCUUCAUCCCUUCAUCCCUUCAUCCCUGUUGUCUGACGACAGACAAACAGGAGAGUUUGAUGUUUUGAAGAAGAGGAGAAGAGGCUUGGAUCGGACAUGGCAUUUCUGUGUGUGAGAAAAAGACAGAGGGAGCUGAUCUGAGGUCAAGGCCUUCCUCUUCUCCCCCGAGUCACAUGGCAGCGUGAGGCACACCCCCUGGGGUUGCUAUCGCUACACUGACCGACCUAAAUACUUGUGUACUCACUGGGAGGAGCAACACAGACUGGAUCUCUCAGCACAAGGAGCCAAGAGAACUUCAAGUCGAGCUGUUGACAGUGGUUUGGUUUUAAUCACCCUGAGAAACGGAGUCCUUCAAACCUGCCCAGUGUCCGACCCACCGACCCACCGACCCUGAGAACACACACGUUUCUCUGGAGAAACUGAUUCAACUCACGUCAACUUAUCAGAAACAAAAUGCCAGCAAAGACGCCAAUUUACCUAAAAACUACGACUCCCAAGAAAGGAAAGAAGCUGAAGCUGCGUGACGUCCUCUCAGGGGACAUGAUCAGCCCCCCGCUGGGUGACGUACGUCACAGUGCUCACGUGGGUCCUGAAGGAGAAGGCGACAUGUUUGGAGAUGUGGGUUUCCUCCAGGGGAAGAUGGACAUGCUGCCGUCUCUGAGCCGGACACAAAACGGUCACGCACGCUCGCACAGCGUGGAGAGACGCCUGGACGAAGACUUUGCAGCCAAACACGACUCACACAACUACUCCUACAACGGUUUCCAUUAUCAGCACACCUGCACCGGCCUGCUGAAGACCACCAUCUCCAUGCCCGUGUUCAUCGCCCACGAACAGGCGCCACCCAAACCCCCACGCCUCCACCUGGACGACCCCUCCCCUCCCUCCCUGCCCCCGCAGCAACAACACAUCCAGCACAAUCAGCAGUCGACAGAGACGAGCCACAGACAGAACAACGGCUUCGAUCACACAGAGAACCACGUCCAGCAGCACCCGACUCUGUCGCUCUGUGAGAACGGCGUGGUGGGACGUUUGGCAUCAGAGCCCUGCCGUGACAUCUCCCUGUCCCCCGCCAUCCGCAGGCUCGUCCCCUCCUCUGGCUCCUUUUCAGAGGUCUCCUCUGAGGACUCCAUGUCGGAAACUUGUGGGCCGCUGGACGCUCGCCGGGGCCUCAGUCUGGAUUCUGACGCCGGCCUGAGCAACGAGGAUCUGAGGAGCGAACGCAGCGAGUCUCCGUGUGCUGCCUUUCAUCCGGCCGCUCUAACGGACUCGCCCGGUGUGUCCCACUCUGACUCUAUGGUGGGUUUAAACCUGGACCUGGGUCCGUCCAUCCUGGAGGACGUGCUGAGCAUCAUGGACAGAUACAAGACCACAGACAACCGCUGUGAGCUGUGAAACAAACAUUAAUGUCAUAUACAGAUAUUUUUUUAUGGUCUAAUAUAUCCUGAAAUCUUUGUGUAGAGACUAAAGGAGGUGGAGGACGGAGGAAUGGAAAAUGUAGGGUGGAGAAAAUGUCUUCUUCAAGAAGAUUGACAGGUCAAAGGUAAUGAAAGACUGGAGGAGGCCUGUGGACAUUAUCGUUAAGUGCUGGUACGUUUCUGCUCGACAUGACAACAGGCUGGUCCUCAGGAGCCGUUAUCGACCCUCAGACUUAAAAACGUUCACGGAGCAGAACCACAGUCGCCUUGUUAUCACGAGCUUUGGACACAUUCCUCUUCUCUGGACAAAAUAUCAGCAACUAUUCACUUUAUAUCGUCUGUUGAUGAGUUUUUCUGCUUGUUAACUGAUGUAUAGAAAUAAAUAUGAUAAACUGACUCUGGGAAAAUGGGAGAAAUUAUAUUCAGGAGCAGCCGGACACUCGUCUGUGGAUAAACUGCAGCUCAUAAGUCGUUUUCUGUCCUGACUCAUUUGCUGCGUCAAGUGUUAAAUUUAGGACCAAAUAUAAAUUUCUUCACUGUUUCUCUAUAAAGACAGAUGAAGAUUUAAGUGAACUGGUCUGAGAUCAGACGUGUCAGCAGCCGACUACUUUCUUCUGAUCAGAGGAAAACUGAGGAAGUUUGUUUGCGUAGUUAAACUAAUAAAAAAGUUAAAGUGUAAUAAAAAGUGCUGCUUCGUAGAUCAUGUUGAGAUACUGGUCCUUUUUAAACACACGUCACUCGUCCAUGUUGCGGCUCAGUGUCACAGUCGCUGUCUGCAGCAUUAUCACAGUAGCCUAAUAUUCAAAUGUCAUUUAUGAUGUAUGUAUAUGUCACUGUACAUGUAUGAAUAAAAGGUUCCU